AUUCAGUAGUCGCGAGCAUAUCAUAGUAAAAACUUCGUCAUUACUUUCGCGCGGUGGCGCUCUGAACUCGUCUCUUUUGAUUCCCUCCUUCGAAAUUAUCUAUCAAAAAAUCAAAAAUUCUCUUGGUUUUGUUGUUUGUUUGGAAUAAAUCUCUCCCAUCAAAAUCCAAUCCUAAUUUCUCUCCUGUACGAUGCUUAGGUGGAAAUUCAAGUGAACUUAUUGGUCCAAUUGUUGGUGAAAUGGGUUUCAAUUUGGGAUCGCUGGUUGUGAGAUUGGGGCUGAAAUCAGGAUCCGAUGAAGUCCAUGUUGAUUCUAUAACUUUGUUUGUUACACUUAUUUGUGCUUGCAUUAUCAUUGGUCAUCUUCUUGAGAAGAAUCGAUGGAUGAAUGAGUCAAUUACUGCCCUUGCCAUUGGACUCUGUACUGGGGUUAUUAUACUCCUAACUACUCAAGGAAAAAGUUCACACCUUUUUCUAUUCGAUGAACAUCUUUUCUUUAUAUAUGUUCUUCCACCUAUCAUUUUUAAUGCCGGGUUCCAGGUUAAAAAGAAGCAGUUUUUUAGAAACUUUAUGACAAUCGUGUUAUUUGGUGCUGUUGGGACUUUAAUAUCCUUUAUCAUCAUAUCAGUCGGUUCAGCAAAGUUAUUCAAAAAAUUAAAUAUCGACUUCUUGGAUACAGUGGAUUAUCUAGCACUGGGGGCAAUAUUUUCUGCCACAGAUUCUGUUUGCACCUUGCAGGUGCUUGAUCAGGAAGAAACACCUUUGCUAUACAGUCUAGUCUUUGGGGAAGGUGUGGUAAAUGAUGCCACAGUUGUUGUGCUUUUCAAUGCGAUCCAGCGAUUUGACCUCUCCCACAUAACCUCAAGUAUUGCUGUGCAACUGUUUGGCAAUUUCUUAUAUUUGUUUGUUACAAGCACAUUUCUUGGGGUGGCAGUUGGAUUAGGAAGUGCUUACAUCAUAAAGAAGUUAUAUUUUGGAAGGCACUCUACUGAUCGUGAAGUUGCUCUGAUGAUUCUCAUGGCUUAUCUUUCAUAUAUUAUGGCUGAACUGUUCAAUUUAAGUGCCAUCCUCACUGUGUUUUUCUGUGGGAUUGUCAUGUCUCACUACACCUGGCAUAAUGUAACUGAAAGUUCAAGAGUCACUACCAAACAUUCUUUUGCAACAUUGUCAUUUAUUGCAGAAAUUUACAUAUUUCUCUAUGUUGGUAUGGAUGCUUUGGACAUGGAGAAGUGGAAAAUUGUGAGCAAGAGUCCUGGUACUUCAGUUGGUGUGAGUUCAAUUCUUCUUGGGCUAGUUCUGAUUGGAAGAGCUGCUUUUAUAUUCCCUUUAUCUUUUAUAUCCAACCUGACCAGGAAGUCUCAAGGUGACAAAAUUGGAUUAAAGCAGCAGGUUGUAAUAUGGUGGGCUGGGCUCAUGCGAGGAGCUGUAUCUAUGGCACUUGCUUAUAAUCAGUUUACCCAGUCAGGGCAUACCCAACUGCCUGGAAAUGCGAUCAUGAUAACCAGCACCAUCACGGUUGUUCUUUUUAGUACUGUGGUAUUCGGAUUAGUGAUCAAGCCUCUUAUAAGGCUGCUGUUACCCAAGAAACACACAAGCCAUGCUCUGCUUGCUUACUUGGACUCAAAGUCUCUUGAUUUACCUCUUAUUGCUAAUGGAAAAGAUCUAGAAUCAGAAAUGAGCGGUGAUGGUAAUCCUUCUGGUGAUAUUAUUCAUCGUCCAGCAAGCCUACGCAUGCUUCUAACCCCAACUUACACUGUCCAUUACUAUUGGCGGAAAUUCGAUGAUUCUUUCAUGCGUCCGGUGUUUGGUGGAAGAGGAUUUACGCCAUAUGUUCCUGGUUCACCAACAGAGGGGAGUCUUCACUAAUGGCAACAAGUACAGGAAAUUAGGAUAUAACGAGUAGAUAGAAUAAAGAGGGUUUUUCAUGCUUGUAAAUAGUUAGACAAAAUUGAAAAAAGUGCUAUUGAGCGCCAAAUUUGAAAACUGGAGGCUGCAUUUCCAAAGCUAACAUUUUUAAUCCUUGUGGAUUAGAGUAAUUUGCAGGUUACAAGAUUUAUAUCAAAUGAUUUUAAAAUUCCCCUUCAAAAUGUAUUUACAAAAAGUAUUUCAAAA